AACAUAUUGAAAAAACUUCAUAUCACUAGGCUGAAUAAUUCAGAUUCCAAUUCCAAUUCCAAUUCAAAUAGUGCUGAAAUUUCCCAAGUUCCAACUUCUCAACAACAAGAACAAGCUCAUCACGAUCAACAAGUACACCAACAUAACCAACAAAUACACCAACAACUACAACAACAACAGCAACAACAGCAACUAUCUCAACAUCCUGCAAUUACUGAACAACAGCAACAACAAAUUAGGAUUCAACAACAACGUACUAAUGAUGCAAUCCAACGUUCUCUUUUACCUGAGCGUUCUACCAUUUCAAAAGGUAAAUAUUCUUUAACUGAUUUUCAUAUCAUGAGAACUUUGGGUACUGGUUCAUUUGGUCGUGUUCAUUUGGUUCGUUCAGUUCAUAAUGGUCGUUAUUAUGCUAUUAAAGUUUUGAAAAAACAUCAAGUUGUUAAAAUGAAACAAGUUGAACAUACUAAUGAUGAACGUAGAAUGUUAAAAUUAGUUGAACACCCAUUUUUAAUUCGUAUGUGGGGGACUUUCCAAGAUCUGAAAAAUUUAUUUAUGGUUAUGGAUUAUAUUGAAGGUGGUGAAUUAUUUUCUCUUUUAAGAAAAUCUCAACGCUUCCCAAACCCAGUGGCUAAAUUUUAUGCUGCCGAAGUUGUUUUAGCUUUAGAAUAUUUACAUAGCCAUGAUAUUAUUUAUCGUGAUUUGAAACCUGAAAAUAUAUUACUAGAUCGUAAUGGUCAUAUAAAAAUAACUGAUUUUGGUUUUGCUAAAGAAGUUUCAACUGUUACUUGGACUUUAUGUGGUACACCUGAUUAUAUUGCUCCUGAAGUUAUUACUACCAAGCCUUAUAAUAAAUCAGUUGAUUGGUGGUCUUUAGGGGUCUUAAUUUAUGAAAUGUUGGCUGGAUAUACCCCAUUUUAUGAUUCAACUCCAAUGAAAACUUAUGAAAAAAUUUUAUCUGGUAAAAUUCAUUUCCCAAGUUUUAUGGGUCCCGAUGUUAUUGAUUUAUUAUCAAGAUUAAUAACUGCUGAUUUAACUAGUAGGUUAGGUAAUUUAUUAAAUGGUCCUGCUGACAUUAGAAACCAUUCUUGGUUUUCAGAAGUCGUUUGGGAAAAAUUGUUAGCUAAAGAUAUUGAAACUCCUUACGAACCUCCAAUUACUGCUGGUGUUGGUGAUUCAUCAUUGUUUGACCAUUAUCCUGAAGAACAUUUAGACUAUGGUUCGAUUGGAGAAGACCCUUACUCUCAAUACUUCAACGAUUUCUAAUCUAAUAUCAGAAAGAAAAAAAAAAACAAACCUCCCCAUCCAAAAAAAAAAACAAAAAAAAUCCAUCACCAGGUCUUGCUUUUUCCCAUUGAGGUUCAGCCUUAAUUAGCCUUAUUUCCCUUUUGUUUUAGUAUGUCUAAAUUAUU